AUGCUCAAACGAAAGCGUCCAGCCUCCGAGACUACUAAGUUCUACGCUGUCCGUACUGGUUUUACACCCGGAAUCUACAAAACCUAUCAGGACUGCCUCGCGCAAGUCACCGGCUUCAAGAAAGCCGAGUUCAAAUCAUUCACCACUCAGGGAGAAGCAGAACAAUAUCUCUCCGGAAAGGACCCGAGCAAUGAUCCUAACAGUCCAUCUUACGUUCCUAAAUUUUACGGUGUCAGGAGUGGUGGCACGCCUGGUGUCUACACGAGUUGGGAGGAGUGCCAGAAACACGUUGUCGGAGUGAAGAACCCGAAGUUUAGGCAGUUCUCGACAAGAGAGGAGGCCGAAGCCUUUGUGAGAGGUGUCGGGGAGCAUAGUGGCCUCGCCGAAAGCGUAAGCGCUGCUAACGCUGCAGCAGCCGCAGCCGCAGCCGCCGGGGGGGACACGAGAGAGGAUGAGGACAUUAGGAAUACGCGUCGCAAGAUGUCGGGUGCUGGGACCGCUGGUAGCAGAAGGAGCAGUACCGCUAUUGAGAGUAUUCUCGACGAUAACGAGGAUCUUAAUGCAGAUCUCAGGGAGGCUGGUCUGCUCGAUGAUGCCGGUAAGGAACAAACCGAGAUUUUGGAUGAUAAUAUUCUGGAAGAGGUGGAAAUAGAGACUUCGGGAAAUAUCGUCAAGCGCUCGUCGCCUAAGUUGAUGCGGAACGUUCUAGUGCCGAAGAAAACCGCUGUGCUGAAGAUAUACACCGAUGGAAGCUCCCUCAUGAAUGGAAGUGCCAGCGCCAGAGCUGGCGUAGGUAUUUGGUUCGGACCAGGGGACAAAAGGAACGUCUCGGAACCAUUGAACGACUCGCGAGCGACAAACAACCGUGCUGAGCUCUCGGCUAUCCUCCGUGCCAUCGAGAUCGCUCCUAAACAUCGAGAGAUCCUUAUCUUCACAGACAGUAAAUAUGCGAUCCAGUGUGUCACUGAGUGGUUCCAGAAGUGGCGAUCCAAUGGUUGGCAGACUGCCGCCGGGAAACCGGUUGAAAAUCAGGAUAUCAUUGAAGAAAUCCUGAACCUUAUCGAGGAACGGAUAACGCAGGGGGGGGCAAAGACGAAAUUUGAAUGGGUUAAUGGGCAUAAAGGAGUCGUAGGAAACGAAAUGGCAGAUAAAUUGGCGAGAGAUGGAGCUAUUCGGGAUGGGGCCGCUUAA